UUCUGUAAUCAUGAUAUAGCUGUUAACGUAAGAUGGUUAGCAGUGAUGUACAUAAAAAAUGGGGUUGACAGAUACUGGAGAAGAACAGCACCAAAUGCUAUGAAAGAAGAUGAAAAAGAGACUAUAAGACAAAGGCUGUUGGCAAACUUCAAUGAACCUUCACCACAGAUAUGUACACAAAUGUCUGUACUGGUUGCAAAGAUAGCAAGAUUAGACUGUCCCCGAAACUGGCCUACUUUAUUACCGACUUUACUACAAACUGUGCGCUGUGAUAACCAACUGUUACAAGAACGUUCCUUGCUGGUGUUACAUCAUGUGUUGAAAACACUCGCGUCAAAACGCCUUGCACCAGAUCGUAAACUCUUUGAAGAUUUAACCAAUGAAAUAUUCAGCUAUAUCUAUGGUUUAUGGACAGAUCAGUUGUCAGAAUUUCUCCAGUUAGCUGCCAUGCACAGUGAGGAGAUGCAUACAGUGAUUGACAGAACUACGUUGUCUUUGAGGACAUUACGGAGAAUGGUUGUACACGGCUUCCGAGACCCUGCCAGUAACCAGGAAGCUAUGAGUUUUCUGAAUGACGUGUUUGUGAAGCUUGAUGCCAUGCUAGAAUGUAGACAAAGUUUAUGGGGAGAUCACAGAAUGCUAGAGAAAUGUGAAAAGAUGAUCAACAUUCUUACAAAAGUGUUACUGGAUACUAUGGAGCAUCAUCCUGUGUGUUAUAUGCAGUUUAUACAGAGAACUCUACAGUUUGUUGUGAGAUAUAACUUCACACAAGCAGGACUGUUGUAUGAGAGAUUUACAGUGAAUUGUUUCAACCUGAUGAAGAAUAUACUGAUUGGUGAUAUGUACAGACUGGGGAAACAUGAGGCAGAACCAGACAGUACUAAAAUGCAAGCACACAAGAUAAAGGCGGUAUUCUUCACGUUUGAGACCCUGACAGAGAUAUGUCACCGUCUAAUCUCCCAAUAUUUCCUCCUUAACCAUGAAGACCUGUCAACCUGGGACUCAGAUCCAGAAAGUUUUUGCCAAGAAGAGGUUGGCGACACAUAUAAAUAUGCAUUGAGGCCGUGUACAGAAACAUUGUUUCUCAGUCUGUUUAAAGAAUACAGAUUGUCACUUAGUUCUGUGUUAAUAAAGAUGGUACGGGAAUUGCAGGGACCAUGUGACAUGGAUAAUAUGAUAACUAUACUGAGGAAAGAUGCAGUGUAUAAUGCUGUUGGUUUAGCCGCCUUUGAUUUGUUUGAUGAUAUAGAGUUUGACCAAUGGUUCUCUUCACAUCUGUUACAAGAAUUGAAAAUAUCCCAUGUAAAUUAUAGAAUAAUAAGAAGACGGGUAAUCUGGUUGUGUGGUCAGUGGGUAGGUGUAAAAUUGUCGUCAUCGUUACGACCAGCUUUAUACGAGGCUAUUUGCCCUCUAUUACAGCCCUCGGAGGAUCUGGUAGUUAGACUGGAGGCUGCAAACACUCUCAAACUUGCUGUGGAUGAUUUUGAAUUUAAGGUUGACCAAUUUCUUCCAUUUUUAGAAGUGAUAUUUUCUCUGUUGUUUCAACUGUUAAAGGAAGUGAAUGAAUGUGAUACAAAGAUGCAAGUUUUACAUGUGGUGUCAUUCGUGGUGGAACGUGUAGGAGUGCAGAUUCGACCGUAUGCCACGUCACUCGUGUCGUACCUGCCUUCAUUGUGGGAGGAGUCAAGAGAUCAUAACAUGUUAAAAUGUGCAAUAAUUACUACCCUGAUACAUCUUGUACAGGGUUUUGGAAAUUUGAGCUCCACGAUGUACAAAUUCCUACUACCUGUGAUAGAACUAAGUACAGAUCUUAGGCAACCGGAGCACGUGUACUUGAUGGACGAUGGGUUGGAGCUCUGGCAUAUAACCCUGACUAACGCCGAAAAAAUGACACCGGAAAUGCUUAACUUGUACCAAAAUGUGUCGGAAUUAUUAGAAACAGGCACUGAAAAUCUUAGAAUGUGUUUGAAAGUGAUUGAGGAAUACAUAUUACUGGGGCCUCGAGAGUCAAUGCAGGUAUACACUGGUGCAAUAGUGAAGUCAUUUCCAUCACUGAUAAAGGAUUUACGGACUGAGGGGGUAAUACUUGUGCUGAAGGUAGUGGAGCUCGUGUUCCGCUCAUUCCCAGCCGAAGGUCCGGAGAUGUUUUCUUCUAUGUUACCUGGAUUCCUUCGGUCAAUUCUAACUUCAGAUGAAGCCACAGUGGGGAAAACAGAGAAAAAGUUUACAUUAAUGGAAGCUCUUCAUUUAGAUCAGGAACAUCCAAUGGUCAUGUCUAUAUAUGUGACACUGUUUGCACGAAUCAUUCUACAAAACCAAGACUAUUUCUGGACAUUCCUCGAAAAGAUUGCUUCUGAAUCUCAUAUACAGUCAUCGGGUAUUUUGAAGUCAUUUCUACUUGCCUGGAUGGAGACUAUUGAUAGUAUGACACAACCAGAGAGAAGAAAACUGUCGGCCCUGGCUUUAGCUAGUCUUAUUACUGUAAAUAAUAGUACGGUGCUAGAACUGUUUGGAGGUAUUAUAAGUGUAUGUGUUCAAGUUUUACACGACGUAUGUAGGGUACCUGUUGAUGAAGAAACUGUGAUCCAAUUAGAUGCUCUUGUGAUAUCGGACGGGGACGAGGCGAAGGGUGAGCAGGAAUUAGAGACCGAGCAUGAGAAAAGAAAGCGAGCAUUAAUGCGACAAGAUCCGGUUCACACGAUACCACUGAAAGAGUUUGUGUUCCAACAACUACGCCAGUGUCAUAAUAUUCAUGGUGAUAAAGUGUUUGAUGAACUCACGCGUCUCAUUGACCCUGAUGUGUAUAUACAGCUACAACAGUUUACAAAGACUUGAAGUCGCCAUGGUUACGGUGGCAUGGAGGUUGAAGUCGCCAAUGUUACGGUGGUGUCAAUGUGAUAGAAUUUAUCGUCGUUAUUUUAAUGAUUUUAAAAACAGAAAGUUUACUAUGUCCAUGAAAUAAUAAAGUAAUAGUAUGGUGGGCAAAGUGAAAAGAAAUUACUAUGUACACUACAUGUUCUUCAUUAGUGUUGAAAUGAAACAUAGUUGCUGUGGCAACUCUUUAGCUAUUUUGCCAAAAUUAUUCAUACAUUGUGGUCAGUGUAUUAGAAAGUCAUCAGCGUUUUUCAUAAAUUUUUGAAAAUAAGUAAUCAUUUCCAUGGCAACCAUUUUGCUUUUUGGUUAAAAAGAAAAUGCUAACAAUGUGGUUGUUUUGAAAAAAAAAUCAGUGAAAUUUAGUGGCUGUUAGUGGACAGGUCUUGUUAUCAAAACCAUAGCUACUGUGAUACCAGGAUGUGCUAUUUAUAGAAUUAUUUUUUAUUUAAACUUU